CACAUUUCAAAUGACAAGUCUUUUGUAAAGUUAAACAAAACAAUUCUCUUUCUAUUCUUUGUAUCCUUUCCUAUCAUUCUUAUUUUUCUUAUACCUAAAGCCAAAAAGAGUGGCAAGGACAAUCUGCCGCCAGGUCCUAUAGGCCUCCCAUUCAUUGGAAAUUUGCAUCAAUAUGACAGUGUAACCCCUCACAUCUAUUUUUGGAAACUUUCCAACAAAUAUGGAAAGAUAUUCUCAUUGAAAUUUGGUUCUACUCCAAUGGUUGUAGUUUCAUCACCAAAAUUAGCGAAAGAAGUAUUGAAGACAAAAGAUUUGACGUAUUGUAGUAGAGCUUCUAUUCUUGGCCAGCAAAAAUUGUCUUACAAUGGUCAUGAUAUUGGAUUUGCACCUUACAAUGAUCAUUGGAGGGAAAUGAGAAAAAUAUGUGUUCUUCAUCUAUUUAGUCUCAAGAAAGUGCAAUCUUUUAGUCCAGUUCGUGAAGAUGAGGUCUCAAGAAUGAUCAAGAAAAUAUCUCAACAAGCUAUCAAUUCACAAAUCACCAAUUUGAGUACUAUAUUGAUUUCACUAACAAGUACUAUUAUUUGUAGAGUUGCUUUUGGUAUCAGAUAUUACGAAGAAGCGCAUGAAAGGAAGAGAUUUGACGAACUUUUUACUGAGACUCAAGCAAUGUUGGCUAGCAUCUCUGUCUCUGAUUUUUUUCCUUCUUUAAGCUGGAUCGAUAAACUUACUGGAUUAACGGAUAGAAUUGAGAAGAAUUUCAAGGACUUGGAUGAAUUUUAUGAAGAACUCAUUGAACAACAUCUUGAUCCCAAUAGGCCAAAAUCAAUGGAAGGGGACAUUCUUGAUCUUUUGCUCCAACUGAAGAAUGAGAAAUCAACACCAAUUGAUCUCACUUUGGAGGAUAUAAAAGCACUUGACAUGAACAUGCUAGUUGCAGGAUCAGAUACUAGUGCAUCUGCAAUCAUAUGGGCAAUGACAGCUUUAAUGAAGAAUCCAAGAGCCAUGAAGAAAGUUCAAGCAGAAAUCAGACAAGCAGUUGGGAAAAAUGGCAUCGUGAAUGAAGAUGACAUUCGAAACAUGCCUUAUUUCAAAGCAGCAAUAAAGGAGACAUUAAGAUUGUAUCCACCAGGUCCACUCUUACUUCCUAGAGUAUCAAUGGAAAAAUCCACACUAGAAGGCUAUGAAAUUCAAAGGGGAACUAUAGUUCAUGUUAAUGCAUGGGCAAUUGCAAGGGAUCCUGAAAUAUGGGAAAACCCAGAAGAAUUUAUACCUGAGAGAUUCUUGAAUAAAAAUAUUGAUUUUAGGGGACCACACUUGUUUCUUCCAUUUGGAGCUGGACGAAGAGGUUGUCCAGCAAUUACAGUUGGGAUUGCAAUCGUGGAACUUGCAUUGUCAAAUCUUCUUUAUGCAUUUGAUUGGAAGUUACCUUGCGGGAUGAAAAAAGAAGAUAUUGACACAAAUACUAAGCCUGAUAAGAAGAUUGAUCUUUGCCUUAUCCCUACAAGUUAUCUCUAAACUACACUCAGACAUGAAUAUAACAUGGCUGGGAUCUAUGUUUCUUUAACUCUUUAGAAACACUUGUGGGUAUUUGAGAAUGUCUAGCUUGUGUAUCUAGGAAAUAAGAACUUAUAAUUUGCAUUCA